AUGGCAUCGGAACAAUUAAUGCCUGAGGGGGGAAGCGGGUCUCGUUACUCGCAAAUGCAAUCGGAGCAAUCGGCGAUGUCGUCGUUCUUCUCGCUUCAGAACCCGCCUGAGGCAAGUCGAAUUUUCGAUGAGCUGCCAAAUGCUACAAUCGUUCAAGUAUCUCGUAAUGAGGCUGGUGAUAUUAGCCCCAUGCUCCUGACUUACACUAUUGACUUCGAAUACAAACAGUUUAAGUGGCAACUAGUGAAGAAGGCUUCACAUGUAUUUUAUUUACACUUUGCAUUGAAGAAACGUGCCAUCAUUGAAGAAAUCCAUGAAAAACAAGAGCAGGUCAGAGAAUGGCUUCAAAAUCUAGGAAUCAUGGAUCAUCAUGCAGUUGUGCAUGGUGAUGAUGAAGAACCCGAUGAUGAUGUCACACCAGUAACCAAUGAUGAGAGUGUCAGAAACAGAGAUGUUCCAUCAAGAGCAGCAUUGCCAAUCAUUCGCCCAGCACUUGGAAGACAACAUUCCAUGUCAGACCAAGCAAAGCAAUCAAUGCAGGGGUAUUUAAAUCAUUUUCUUGGGAACCUGGACAUUGCAAAUUCCAGAGAGGUUUGCAGGUUUAUGGAGGCUUCUAAGUUAUCGUUUUGUCCAGAAUAUGGCUCAAAACAUAAAGAAGAAUAUGUACUUCAGGUUUGGGCUGUUCUUAAACCGGGUUUUUUGGCCCUGUUAAAAGAUCCGUUUGACAAGGAGCCAUUAGAUAUUAUUGUUUUUGAUGUUCUACCUUCAUCAAAUGCAAAUGGAGAAAAUGGAGUGUCAUUAGCACUUGAAAUCAAUGAACAUAACCCCUUACGCCAUGCAUUUGAGGUGUCAAGUGGGAAUCGAAGAAUAAGAUUAAGAAGUAAAAAUAAAGCUAAAGUAAAAUCAUGGGUUGCUGCCAUUAAUGAUGCUGGACUCCGGCCACCUGAGGGCUGGUGUCAUCCUCACCGGUUUGGCUCUUUUGCUCCACCUCGCGGUUUGACUGAUGAUGAUAGUCAAGCUCAGUGGUUUGUUGAUGGUCGUGCAGCUUUUGAUGCAAUUGCUUUAGCAAUUGAAGAGGCAAAAUCAGAGAUAUUUAUGUGUGGAUGGUGGCUGUGUCCAGAUUUGUAUUUGAGGCGUCCUUUUCAUGCAAAUGCAUCCUCUCGCCUUGAUGCUUUACUGGAGGCAAGAGCCAAGCAAGGUGUUCAGAUUUAUAUUCUCAUGUACAAAGAGCUUGCUCUUGCACUCAAAAUUAAUAGCUUUUUUAGUAAGAAAAAGCUGGCAGCUCUUCAUGAGAAUAUCAGAGUUUUACGUUACCCUGACCAUUUCUCUAGUGGUGUGUAUCUAUGGUCCCAUCAUGAGAAAUUGGUCAUUGUUGAUUAUGAGGUAUGCUUUAUUGGUGGAUUAGAUCUUUGCUUUGGUCGUUAUGACUCAUAUGAGCACAAAGUGGGUGAUCACCCUCCUACGAUAUGGCCUGGAAAGGACUACUAUAACCCCAAGUCUGAGCCUAAUUCUUGGGAAGAUACUAUGAAGGAUGAACUGAAUCGUGAAAAAUAUCCUCGUAUGCCAUGGCAUGAUGUCCACUGUGCCUUGUGGGGACCACCAUGUCGUGAUAUUGCUCGCCACUUUGUUCAGCGUUGGAAUUAUGCAAAGAGAAAUAAAGCUCCCAAUGAGCAAACAAUUCCACUACUUAUGCCUCAACAACACAUGGUUAUCCCACAUUACAUGGGUUCUGGUAGAGAACAAGAAGAUGGAAAUACUGGACUCAUGAAUGCAACCCAACCAAUCAACAGACAGGAUUCGUUUUCCUCUCUUGCUGCCUUUCAAGACAUCCCAUUGCUAAUCCCACAAGAAGCUGAUGGAGUUGAUUCUGCUAGCGGAAAUUUAAGACAAAGUGGAUUGGGUAAAUCAAAUAAUAAUUUUCAUGGUCAGCCUCAGCCAAGCAGGCCUCCAAGGGCUCCUUUUUCUUUUAGAAAAUCCAAAAUUGCACCUUUGUUUAUGGAUAUGCCAAUGAGAGGGUUUGUAGAUGAACAAGGGAGGUCUUCUGUUACAGUUGUGCACCCUCCCAUGAAGUCUCAUGAUAGAGAAUGGUGGGAGAGUCAGGAGAGAGGUAAUCUUGUUGUUUCUGCAGAUGAAAGUGGGCAGGUUGGUCCUCGUGUUACGUGUCGCUGUCAGGUUAUUAGGAGUGUGAGUCUUUGGUCGGCUGGGACAAGUCAAGUUGAAGGGAGCAUUCACAAUGCUUACUGUUCCCUUAUUGAGAAAGCAGAACACUUGGUCUACAUCGAGAACCAAUUUUUCAUCUCAGGUCUAUCUGGAGAUGAGAUCAUACGAAAUCGUGUGUUGGAUGCCUUGUACAAGCGCAUUUUGCGGGCAUAUCAAGAACGGCAGUGUUUUAGGGCCAUCAUUGUUAUACCACUAUUACCUGGAUUCCAGGGUGGACUAGAUGAUGGUGGCGCAGCAUCUGUAAGGGCUAUUAUGCAUUGGCAGUAUCGAACAAUAUCAAGAGGACCCAAUUCCAUAUUGCAUAAUCUCUCUGAUCGACUUGGUCCCAUUGUUGAUGACUACAUAUCUUUUUAUGGUCUGAGGGCUUAUGGUAGACUUUCUAAUGAUGGUCUUGUUGCCUCCAGUCCGGUAUAUGUACAUAGCAAGAUCAUGAUAGUAGAUGAUACUGCAGCCUUGGUUGGGUCAGCUAAUAUCAAUGACAGGAGUUUACUUGGAUUACGUGACUCAGAGAUUGGAGUACUUAUUGAAGAUAAAGAAGUGGUUGGAUCGUAUAUGGGAGGCAACCCAUGGAAGGCUGGGAAAUUUGCAUUGAGUCUUCGUCUUUCACUAUGGUCUGAGCACCUUGGUCUUCAUGGUAGUGAGAUCCACAAAAUAGCUGACCCUGUAAUUGAUUCUACCUACAAAGACAUAUGGAUGGCAACUGCUAAGGAAAAUACCAUGAUCUACCAAGAUGUCUUCUCUUGCAUUCCUAAUAAUCUCAUACAUUCCAGAGCAUCUUUGAGGCAACGUAUGGGUGAAUUGAAAGGAAAAAUAGGGCAUACUACCAUCGACAUAGGAAUAGCUCCAAAGAAGUUGGAACCAUAUCAAGAUGGAAAUGCUAAAGGAAGUGACCCCAUGGAUAGAUUAGAGGGUGUAAGAGGGCAUCUUGUUUCUUUUCCUUCAGAUUUUAUGUGCAAAGAAGAUCUAAGACCCGUGUUUAAAGAAAGCGAGUAUUAUGCAUCGCCUCAAGUUUUCCAUUAAAUUUAUUUCAUGCCAUUUCAGGCAUGCGGGUAAAUAGAUACCAUUCUUUUUUGUUUCGGGUUUUUUGGG